AUGUCAAGAGAAACUCUCCUGACAACACUGAAGAAGUUCGAAGAAGAGCCAAAGAUUGAGAUCGAGAAAAUUAAAAAAGAAGAGAUCUACACAAUAAUGAAUGAUUUGAAUAGGUCGGAUUUUAAGUUUUCUAAACUUCACAAAAGCUUUCUAGCAACUAAGCUUUAUCUUUUCCUUUUACAAAAGACCUUUGACAACUUUCCAAUCUCAUAUUUCCAAGGAAUGAUGGAAAUAGCUGCAGUUUUGGUCGAUGCAUAUUUUCAGGAUAAGGCAGCAUCUUUUAGAUUAAAACACAAGGAUUCUGACGAGCAUGCACCUCCAGCCUUGAAAAUUGGUGAGAUUUCAGAUAAGGAAAAGAGCAUGUUUGAGGAAUUUCUAGCAAGCAAUUUGGACUUAUACAACAAAUUCAGGAAUGGCUUGAUUAAUAUUUUGAUUGAAAAAUUUAUUUUUUUUACUAAAGAUGAGUUCAGAAAUUACAAUGAAAACAAUAAAAUAUUCAUAAAACUAAUGAAGGAUAAGUUUAAAAGAGUCAUCGAGCCUACAGCUUCAAUCAAGUACAUGAACCACACCCUGACCUUCUUCAAGCGAAUAGCAGGGAAUAGUGAUGUCGCAUUCAAAUUUUUCAAUUUAGUUUUGAAUUCAGAUCCAUCUAUCGUUUUUAGCAUCUUGGCAGUGUAUAUCGACAAAGUUGACCAUUUUAAUAGUGCCAGAGUAACUAUAACAGACGAGAACAGAAACCAGUACAUGGUGACAUCAUUGGAAGAGAAUGAUAUUAGGAAUAUCAUUGGUGCACAGGAGAUGUUUCUUAAGUGCAAGAGUGGAAUGGAAACAGACAGACAAUCAAAAAGCACAUACAUUUUUCUAGGCGCAGCUGUAGGAUGUGCAGUAUUGGCACUGCUAAUUUCCAGAUGGAACGACAGAGACAAUAAAUGA